GGCAACGAUAUCAUUUGACAAUUUUUGUCGUCUGUCAUCAUGGGAUUACUAAAUUUAAAAACAUCUCUUUUACCACUGCAUAAGAUAUGUAAACAACUUUCAGGUCUUCGCUGGACGCAUAACGAUGUUGUCAUUGUGUCAGCUGUGCGAACCCCUAUUGGUUCCUUUCGCAGUUCGUUGGCUUCACUAACAGCUUCAAGGCUUGGAGCAAUUGCUGUAGAAGGUGCUGUAGAAAAAGCAGGUAUAUCAAAAGAAGAUGUUCAGGAAGUGUAUAUGGGGCAAGUACUUCAGGCUGGUGCAGGUCAGGCACCUGCACGUCAAGCUGCUUUGGGUGCUGGUCUUCAAAUUUCAACUCCUUGUACAACUGUAAAUAAAGUUUGUGCAUCUGGCAUGAAAGCUAUUAUGCUUGCUGCUCAAAAUCUUAUGCUGGGACAUCAGGAAAUAAUGGUAGCUGGAGGGAUGGAAAGUAUGUCAAAUUCACCAUAUUAUUUAGCACGUGGGGAGACACCGUAUGGUGGUGUGCAUCUUCUGGAUGGUCUCGUACAAGAUGGUUUGAUUGAUGCUUACAAAAAAAUUCACAUGGGAGUUUGUGGUGAAAAUACAGCUAAAAAAAUGGAUAUAACACGACAUCAGCAGGAUGAAUUUGCAGUUAAUAGUUAUAAAAAAACUGCCAAAGCAGUUGAGAGUGGUUUAUUCAAAAAUCAAAUUAUACCAGUGACUGUUCCAGGAAAAAGGGGGAAGCCUGAUGUUGUUGUGAAUGAAGAUGAAGAAUAUAAAAGAGUAAAUUUUGAUAAAGUUCCAAAGCUACCUACUGUGUUUCAAAAGGAAAAUGGAACUAUAACAGCUGCAAAUGCCAGUACAAUUAAUGAUGGAGCAGCAGCAUGUGUGUUAAUGACCAUGGAAGCAGCUGAAAGAAUGAAAGUUAAACCUUUGGCCAAAAUUAUUGGUUUUGCUGAUGCUGCUGUGGAUCCCAUAGAUUUUCCCAUUUCUCCUGCAUUUGCUAUUCCAAAGGUCCUGGGGAAAACUGGAUUGAAAAUUGAAGAUAUAGCUUUGUGGGAAAUAAAUGAAGCUUUUAGUGUUGUUGUUCUAGCAAAUAUCAAAAUGUUAAAUUUAGAUCCUGAAAAAGUUAAUGUGAAUGGCGGAGCUGUCAGUCUGGGUCAUCCUAUUGGAAUGUCUGGUACAAGAAUAGUGAAUCAUUUAGUUCAUGUGUUAUCUCCUAACCAGUAUGGAUUGGCUUCUAUUUGUAAUGGUGGUGGUGGUGCAUCAGCUAUUCUCAUACAAAAAUUGUAAAUAAUUUAUAGUGCUGAACUCUUAUUAAAAAAAUAAUCUUAUAUAUUUUUUCUAUGGAAUAUUUUUGUGCCAUUAAAAAUGAAUAGUUUUUA